GUUGGCGGAGCUAAGCUGGAUUGACAUCAGAACGCCGGCGGGGUAAAUGCCGUCAGUGUUAUUUUUUUCUAUUCUUUGGUGGGGAUAGGGUAGCUUCUAGGAUGGGAAGGUUGAUAUUCUAGGAGUUUCUUAGGUAGGUAGCCAGCGUCAUACGAGCGUGUUUAUUAUGAAAAUAUUCUUUAUCGAGGAUUGGGAGUUUUUAGUAUAUAAACUCUGGACGUCAUCGAUUUUGAGAAAUUAUAUUAUUGAAUCUUCUGAGACAAAAUACCAUAACUCCAAAUCCUUAUAACCACUUAACCUUAGCUAAACUAAGCUCAACUCAACUACGUCAUCCUACCAAAAACAUCUUCAAUAUCUAAACCUCAGCUGAAAAAAACACCACAAUGGCGCCAAAAGUCCUCGUCGUCCUAACCUCAUACGGCUUCAUCGAAAGCGUCAAGCAGCCCACUGGCUGGUAUCUACCCGAAUUCGCCCACCCCUACGAAGUCCUCUCCAAGAAAGGCGUCGAAAUCGUAACCGCAUCCCCGAAAGGCGGGCUCGCCCCGCUCGACCCCAGCUCCGUCGAAGCCUUCAAAGCGGACGCCAGCUCCGCCAGCUUCCUGUCCACACAAUCCGCGCUGUGGGAGCAAACCGCCACAAUCUCCAGCUUCCUAGGCCGCAGCGCGGAGUUCGCGGGCUUGUUAUACCCGGGCGGUCACGGACCGAUGUUCGAUCUCGCCACGGACAAGGACAGCAUCGCGCUGAUCAACGAGUUCGUGGCGGCGGGGAAACCGGUCGCCGCGGUGUGUCAUGGCCCGGCGGUGUUUGUGAAUGUGGAGUUGCCCGGCGGGAAGAAGUUGUUGCACGGCAAGGAGGCGACGGGGUUUAGUAAUGCGGAAGAGGAUGUGGUCGGGAUGAGUGCGCAUAUGCCGUUUUCCCUCGAGGAUAAGAUUGCGGAGGCGGGUGCGACGUAUAAGAAGGCGCCGGAGCCGUGGGCGCCGCUUACGGUGGUCCAGGAUGGGGGGAAGUUUAUCACCGGACAGAAUCCGGCGAGUUCGGUUGGGGUUGGGGAGGCACUUGCUAAGGCUAUUGGGGUUUAG